AUGUUGGAGUACGAUAAUUCAGCUUUCUACUACUUCUCCGUCUCACUAUGUGCACUUUAUGUAGUGCCCGUAACUUUCCUAUCACUGCGUCGUAUUUUCUACGGUGUUUUCUUUAAGGACCGUCUCCUUGACAAAAGCCAUGUACGAUGUGACCGUGAACUGCGUAAACUCAAGCAACUUCAGGCAGAAAAGACGGCGUUUCGCAAUGUUUUCUCGUUACCUUUUGUGUUUAAUCUGGUGGUCUUGACUGUAGUCUGGUAUGGACUUGUGCGCAUGGCAAUGUUGCUUAAGGACGACUCGGAGAUCAAGUCAUUUGAUCCUUUUGCCAUUCUUGGCAUUUCUGCAGGCGUCUCGGAGCGUGAGAUUAAACGUGCUUAUCGUAAAAUGAGUCUACUCUAUCAUCCAGACAAGAAUCAGGGUGACGCGGUGGCUGAGCAGAAGUUUAUGCUUGUAGCUAAAGCUUAUGAGGCACUUACGGAUGAGGUAGCUAAGGCCAAUUACGAAAAGUUUGGCAAUCCAGAUGGACGUCAGGCGAUGCAAUUGUCUAUUGGCCUUCCAACCUUUUUGUUGGAUCCAGCUAAUCACAAUCUCGUAUUGUUUCUGUACUUGAUCAUUCUCGUAGUUGCGAUUCCAAGCUGCGUAGCACUCUGGUAUUCACACUCGAAAAAGUAUGGAGAUAGUAUGAUCAUGUACGACACGUACGGCUUUUACAACUUUGCUAUGUCGCAGCAUUCGCAUCCGCGCAUGUUGCCGGAGGUUUUGGCAGGCUCGGCUGAAUUUCGUGAGAUUCCGCAACGCUCAAGUGAUGAUGCAGAGCUGGGCGCGUUAUUUAAGAAAUUCAAGCAGAACGACAUGAUGGCUAAGCCGAAGUACAACCAUCCUGCUAUUGCGAAGGCAAACCUGUUGCUGCAUGCGCACUUUUUGCGCGAGAAGCUAAGCUUGACGCUGCAGAAAGACCUCGACGCGAUGUUGAAGAAAUCUAUUCAGCUGGUGGACGGGAUGUUAGAGAUUUCGGUCAUGAAGUCUUGGCUGCAGACUACGCUCAAUCUUAUGGAGAUGCAGCAAUUUUUGACACAGGGACUUUGGUUCAAGGAUCCACCGUUCUUGCAGCUGCCGCAUCUGACGGAGUCAGAGGUCAAGCACAUUGUUACAGGCAAGAAUGCUGUGCGGAGCAUGCACCAAUACAUUGCUAUGAAGCCGGAGGAACGAAAGGGGCUGAGUGGGUUGUUGGAGGAGGAUCGCGCCGAAGUGAACAAAGUGCUAGAGAUGAUGCCUAACAUGGAGCUGCAGAUUUCGAUUGGCGUAGAAGACGAAGAGUUUAUUGCUGAGGGUGACAUUAUGACGGUCACUGCCAAGCUUAUCCGUAAAAACGUGAAAGAAGGUGACACGUGUGACUUAGUAUACGCUCCGCGAUUCCCGUAUCCGAAGAUGGAGCGCUGGUAUUGCCUGGUGGGCGACACCAAGACUAACCAUCUGCAUGCUUUUGCCAAAAUGACAUCACAAGAGCGCGUGGUUGAACAAAAGCUACAGCUGCAGGCCCCGCCCAAGGCUGGCACAUACCAGCUGGAUAUUUUUGUCAAGAGUGACUCAUACGUUGGAAUGGAUUUGCGCGCUGUUGCUAAGUUCAACGUUGCCCCCGCAUCUACUCUACCGGUUUACCAACCACACCCAGAGGACUUGGAAUUAGAUAAUGAGCCCACACUGUUCGAGCAAGUGAUGAAUGCCGCGGACUCGAGUGAUAGCGAGAAAGAAGAUGAGGAUUUGGAGCAGGAGCAAGCUGAAACGAAGGCUGAGGAGAACAAGAAGGACAAAUAG